CCAAUUUCUUCUUCGAUUUUCACUUCAACAAAAUCCUAGACUCUGCAUCUUCGUUGCAUAUACUCAAUUGAAGAAGAAGAAGAAGAAGAAGAAGAAGAAGAAGAAGAAGAAGAAUGGUGAUUACCUGCUCGACUAAUGGCUCGGUUGCUCAGCAAUUUAGGCAAUUUAGGCACAGACGGAAAACUGCUAAACAUAAUAUCUUCAACAAGACCAUCUCCAACAAUUACAGCAAAUUAUGUAUGCCAAAACGUAGGAAAAAGGAGGAGGAAGAUACCAGAAAGAAGAAAAUGAAGAGGGGGAGCAGUGAUAGUGGUUGUAAUCAUGAUGACGUCGAAAAACUUAAUGUUAUUUCAGACAUUUAUAACGCUAAUAUUAAUCCAGACUUUGGCGGGGAAGGGAUACUAGUCUGCGAGAUACUAAGUAGACUACCGGUCAAGUCUCUUAUGCAAUGCAAGUGUGUUUGCAAACGCUGGCGAUUCUUAAUUGAAAAGGAUGCAAAUUUUAUUGAUCUACACCUAGCUCGAUCAACAACACGGCCGUGUCUCUUAAUCACUGUUCAAAAACCAUUUGAGUAUCCGGCAGGAUGUCUUCCGGGGGUUUCUUAUGUGUGGACCGAGUAUGGGAGGUUUUUGCUGACAGCUGACCUAUCAGUGGAAGACAAAGGUGGAGCGGUAUCAGCAGCAUCUGUUCACACCAUAAGGGAGAUGGAUUCACCAAUAGGUGAUAGUAGAAUUAUGGGACCUAUGAACGGUUUGAUGGGUUUCCAUGACCCUGAAUUCAACUGUGGUGUCCGUAUAUUCAAUGUUAGCACGCGAGAAGUAACACCAUGGAUUGAGUCAACAGUUCUACGGAAACUAAAAGAAGAAGAAGAAGAAGGGAAUAAGUUCCGUUACUAUAGAAAAUAUGCCCAGUGUAAAUUGGGAUUCAAUCCUUCCACCAAGGAGCACAAAAUGAUUUGCAUCUGGAGUCUACAACAUGCUAACCCUUACCACCCUAUGGAUGUAGUUUGUGAGGUCUUGACUGUAGGUGAUAAUAAAUGGAGAAGAAUUGAUGAGUUUCCAACAAGAAAGCUUCGCUCAACCUGGGGAAACUCUGUUAGCGUGAAUGGUUCUAUAUAUUAUACCACUUUCAAGCGAACGGAAGGCACAGAUGCCAAUGACAUCCCUGAUUUCAUAGUGGCAUUUGAUCUUGGCAGUGAGAAAUUCAGAGAAAUCAGGGUCCCUGAUUUCAUCCUUGAUCAGCCUCAGGAUAAUGAUGAGUAUGCUGGUAGAUGUGUUGAUAUAUUAGAACUGAGUGGUCAUGUAGCUUUAUUGGGUAGAGUUAACGGUUACACCGUAAAGCUUUGGUUAUUUGAUGAUGCUUAUGUUCAGAAGGAGAAUAAUGCCAGUGCUACAAGUACCACUACUGAUAACCAAAAUUGGAAAGAAAUUACUAUUCAGUUACCUUAUUUUUGGGGUGGAGAUCGCUCUCUGGAUUUUGUUUCUGUUGUAGGAACAGAUCUGAUAAUCCUAAAAUCCUAUCAACUUAACUGUGGAGAUAUGUGUAACAUAUCCCAUCAUUCUUACAACUGGAAGACCAAUAGCUUCACGGAGAUUGAAAUUAGUGGGAUCCCUUCCUCAGUUCGAGAUGAUACGUCAGUUUACUCACUUUCUGCUUUUACAACUUUCUUCGAGAGCCUUUUCCAUGUCCAGUAGCAGGAUUCAGCUGUGUGUGCAGGUGCGUAUAUCAAUCUAGAUGGGUUGGGGGCACACAUAGUCCCCUCCUGUACCCAUGGAUGCAGGUUCUAAAGGGUCUCUUGCGGCUCAGAACUGGAAGCCGUAGCGUGAAGAUUGCUGUGCAACUUUAGGUAAAGUGCAGAGUAGAUUACAGCUACCUGUUGCUGACCGUUGUGCAGUUCGUAAAAGGGGUGAAGACCCUCUUCAGCGUAUCUUGUGGGAUUAUCCCAUUGCUACUCAGGCAUGGACUUGGAUUGCAGGAAUUUUUUAUUUGCAGCCAGUUUAUAUAAUGCUGCAAAGGGACAGAGUCGUAUGAUUAAGGACCUUUGGCUCAUUGCUAUCAUGGCAGUUAGAGCUGGGUUAUGGAAUCGAGGUGUCUUUUGAUGGGGCAACUGUGAAAUUAUCUAAGAUUCACUUUUUCUCGAAUCGCUGCAAGGGUUUCAUGUUUGGUUCUCCUGAUGAGUUGAGAAUUCUCAGUUACUUCAGAGUAGAAUUCAGGAGGAUUAAAACAGUUACUCUGCUUGAGUGUUUGUGGUACCCACCUGUGGAAGAUGAUCUAUUAUUAUGUUGCAAUGACGCUGCUACUAACAAUCCGGGAAUGGCUGGGGCUGGUAUUGUGGCUAGGAAUUCUUCCUGUGACGGGCUAUUAGUAUUAGCCUGGGUGAAGCUUCAAAUUAUAUUGCUGAAUUCUAUGCUAUCACUUAUGGCCUGCAGUGGGAGACUCAGUUUGGCUUUAGUCGUAUCAAGGUUCCCUCGUAUUCUUGCAGUGCUGUUCAGGCUUCUGCCUUGGCAGUUAAGGCAUCAAUGGCUUGCUGCUUGUGCUAAUUAUGAUGCUGUCAGUUUUGUGCAUGCACAUCGUGAAGUUAAUUUUAGGGCUGGUUGGUUACCCUUUGCAACAGGGUGAGAGGAUAAGCUAACUGGCAGGCCUGAUUUUAUUACGAAUUCAGAUAUAAAUAAUUUGUAAGUUUUUGGGGCUUCUUUGGCCUCUUUUCUUGCUUUCUAUUCGUGUAAUUUGUAACUUUUCUUGUAGUGCAAUUUGAUUUAUCAAAAAAAAAAAAAACAAACAGGUUCUAAAGGGUGGAACUCCAAUAAGAUGGUUAUAAUAUAAUGAUGUUAUUCAAUUUGCUUUCCUUGCAGGUUUAUUUAUCUUUCUUUGAAAAAAAAAUUCUUUUUCUCUGAUAA